AUGUCAUCAAAAAAAGAAUACGGAUUAGAAGAGCAUAUUUAUGAAACUUUGCUUGAUUUAUAUAAGUUAGAAUGUAGUGAAGCAUUCCGAUUUCCAGUUGAUAUACAUCUAUUUAAAUGCCCAGAUUAUUAUUAAAUUAUAACAGAUCCAAUGGAUUUGAGUACUUUGACAACAAAAUAUAAGGAUGGUGCAUAUAGGACACUAAAUGAAAUAAAAGAAUAAAUAGAUAAAAUAAUAAAAAAUUGUAGAAAAUUUAAUACAGAUCCUAACCACACAAUCUUAAAAACUUGUUCUAAAUUCGAAUAAUGUUUUAAUACUCGAUGGAAUAAAUUAAAUGAAAUUCGUAUUUAGCUUGGGAUUCCAGAUGAUUAUUAAUUAAAGGUAGAAAUGAAUAAAUUGGAUUCAAUUGAAUAAAGAAAAAAUAAAAAAAAAGAACCUGCUUCAUUAAAAGAAGAUUAAUUAGGAAGAAAACCUCGUUUCCAAAAAAAUGAAUCUAAAUUUUAUACAAAUAAUACCUAAUUCCCAACUAAACCAUAGAAUGAAUUUGUAGUAAACAAAAUAAAAAUUAUAUCAUCAUCAAUUCAUGAUGAUGAUCAACCAUACAUAGAUUCAAACACAAGUUUUAAAAAUGAAUCAUAAAACUUUCAAGAUAUUUAAUUUGAAAGUAAAAAUCAAAAAAAAGAAAUAAAUGAACCUGCUCCGCAUACAUUUAAACUAUCAAUUCCUAGAAUGCCAUCAAAUGAAGUCAGUUAAAGUCAAGAAAAAAUUAAGUUUUAAGAGCCUCCUCCAUAACCAUUAAAUAUUUAUGAACCUAUCUAAAAAUAAGAUUCCACAAAAUCUACAUUUUCUUUUAAAAUUCAAAUUCCUAAAUUGAAUCCCCCUCAAUCAGAUAUAAAUAAGUAAACAAGUGAAUUACAAACUUAAAAUCUUACAAAAUUUACUUAACCUUAAUAACAAUAGCCCAUAACUUAAUAGUAGACUACAUCCAUUUAAUAACCUACAUAAUCCAUAGAUUUUUAAAAUCAAUCAUAAUAAAAAAUAUUAAUUUCUCAUCCUUAACAACCAAUAUCAUAAUUACCUUUAUAAAAUCUAAAUUAAUAAUAACCACCUUAAUUACCAGAAAUUUAUUCACAGUAAUUGGGAACAUAAUAAAAAUAAUCAUAAUAACAAUCAACACAUUAAACAUAAUCAUAAAAUCAAAUAUAAAUAUAAAAAUAAUCUUAAUAAUAAGUUUAAUAAUUAGGAAAUGUUGAUGAAUAAAAAAUAAUACAAAAAAAAGUUGAAGUUAAUAAAGAAGUGAAUGAUGGAUAAUAAAAUUCCUAAAUAUAGUUAGAUUAAUAAUAAUUAAAACCUUAAUCAUAAGAAACAAAAAUUAUGAUACCAAAAUAACCAACUUAACAAUUAAAUAAUAGCUUGAAUUCUUCUCAAACUUAAUAAUAAAAAUAAUUUGAAAAACUUCCUUUACCCCCCAUAAAUAAAGGAAUAAUACCAAAAUAAGAAAUUUAAAAUACCCCAAAUACUCCCAAAGGAAAAAGAAAAAUUAUUGAUUCGGAUGAUUCAUUAGAUUCUGGUGGAAUGGAUUAAAUUCCUAUAAUAAAAAAAACAAGUGAGAAAAAGGUUGAACACAUUGAAACUCCAAUAUAACAUAACUUAUUAGGAACAUUUUCAGAAAAAAAGAUUUAAAAUUUAGUAUCCCAUACCUCCUUUUCUUUAAAUGAAUAAGAAAACAAAAUUCAAGCUAAAGAUAAUUAAACUAUUAAACCACCCCCUACCACUUCACCAGUUGUUUAACAAUUACCAAAAAUUGAAAUUGCUCCAUCGAAAUAUGUUUUUAAGAUUGAUGUCAAUGCUAUUCAAAAAUAAGAAAAUGAUCAUAAUUCAAAAAAAAUAGAAAAGUAAAUAAUCUUUAUAUAAAUUCUUUUCUAGAAAUAAAAAGUAUGCUUAAAAAUUAAUGUCUAUUUUGAAAAGGCAUAUCAUUGCAAGAUAACCAAAUAUAGAAAUUUUGAAUAGAUGCUUAGAAAAUCCUUCUAAAACUACUUUAAAUAUGAUUUUGUUAUGGUUAAAGCAUGAAUUUGAUAAAAUUCCUUUUUAAGAAUAUGUUUAAAUUGCAAAAUUUGUCGAAUUAAUUUAUCAAAGCAUUCAAAAGCUCAAAUGUGAAGAGUAACCUCAAAAUGAAUAGCUUUUAUAGUAAUAUUUUGAUAAAGAAAAAGAACAAGAAUAAACUAGAUUAAAAAAAAUUGAAUAAGAAACUAAAGUAUAGCAAGAACCAAUAAUAUUAGAAAAAAUUGAUUUAGAAACAUUAUUCAAAUCAUUAAGAGUUAGAUCAAAAAGUAAAUAUUAUGAUUAUAAAUUCAAUUAGAAAAAAAAAUUAAUGAAAAAGAGAAGAAAGAAAAGGAAAAUGAUAAAUAAAAAGAUAAUGAUAAGUUAUAAUAAAAGCCUGUUUUCCAUUAAUAAUAAGAGUUUUAAAGCUUUUCUCUAAAAACCAUAGAAAGGAUUAAUACUGAUUAAAAUUAAUAUUAGAUUCAAGAGACAGAUGAUGAAUGUGAAACCUAGACUUAAGGUUAAGAUUGGUGGAAAAUUUUAGAAAUGAAAAAAUCGUAAUGUUAGGGUAUGGAAAUGGAAAAAAAAAUCAAAGAAGAUGAUAAAGGAGAGGAACCUUUUUUCAUUAGAACAUUGGAUUAAGUUAGAAUUGAUCAUACACUUAUUUUAGGAGAAAAAAAAGAUGAAGGAUUAUAUCCCACAAUUACUGUAGAGAAAAUGUUCUUCUUUCUUUUAAAUAAUUAAUCAACUUAUUUUAAAUAAAAUAAAAUCCUAUUAACUAAUUUCUUCUAAAAAUUAAAGGAAAACUCAAUAGAAAAAAAAAAUGAUUUAUACUAAUAAAUUAGUAAGUAUAAUUAUUAUGUUGAUGAAAAUCAUUCUUAAUUGAUGGAUUUGUAUAAGAUUGAUAAUUAUGCUGAAAUAUUAAUUAAAUUGACUUUGAAAGAUGAUGGGGAUUUUGAUCCAUUUUAAUUAGAAAAUAAAUUAAUAAUUAAUUUGGUUAUUAAAAAUCUUUUAAGUUAUACAACUAAACAUAAUUUUAUAAACUAUUCUUCAAUAAAUAAAUAGUUUUAAUUAAAUUUAGCUUAAUAUCCAUAAUCAAUAAGUGAACCAAUUUUGCUUUCAAAGCUUUACGAAAUGAAUGAUAUUUUUGUUGAAAGUUUAGAAACUACAAAAAUGAAUGAGUAAAAUAUUUUAUAAAAUUUAGCAAUGCUGGUUGUGGAUUCUUUAUUUGGAAUCAAAAAAAAUAAGCAAUAAAUUAAGAAUAUUAAUAUUCAUGUCAUCUAUAGAUAUAAGUUCCAUUUACAUGUAUUUAAGAUUUAAGUUUAAGUAUAAAUGAUACAAUUAUCCUUAAUAGAGAAUAAUUAUGA